CGCUUCAGAGAAGACGGAUUGCCCCGUCAGUCAGUCAAGGGAAUUGUCCUAAAUUUCCCCACCGCAUACAACGCCCUCGACCAAGUAUGGCCAGGAAGCAGGAGGAAACAAAAUCAAAACAUCUCCACAGGGAAUUUGUCAGUGACCUUCUGUGGAAAGUGAUCGAAAAGGUCGAAGACGAAUCAAACAAGCAACAUGUCAGAGAAACCUUUAGGGGUGCCCACCGUCUACUUUUAGAUAAGAUUUUGGAAAAAACUAAGACAUUUGAUUUGAAUGUCGUUUCAGAAAUUGCAGAUGAGCUCUCCGAAGAAAUCUUUCGAAGCAUCAGUCAAGGAACAUCCAACAAAUAUGUUGACCCUGAGGUAUAUUACGAAACCUUUUCCAAGCACAUGGACUCUGAUGUGACAAGACCAGUGAAGGUUGACACAAGUGAGAGGAAAAGACGGGGAACACAGAAACAACGCAAACAAAUAAUAAGAAACAUUUUUGAGAGCCUAAUCCUAAAAGCCGAAGAGCACAGUUUCCUAACUCACAGCCCAGACAAAUGGAACCAUGCCUUCAGUGCAGUCUUUCCAGUAGUCUGGGAUGAAAUCAAGGAUAUGGAUUUUGUCAUCUUCCCAAAGAUGGAAGAAAAACUCAGCUCAGACAUCUUUGACCUUCUGUGUGGAAACGAAAUUCUCCUAGAGCUCAAUCUUUUCUAUUUGAUGAGCAAAGCCCACCCAAUGGUUGUUAAAAAGAUUAUCAGUUGUUUUAAAAUGACCCUUUCACAUCCCAGAAAAGUUCAUUUCAACGAUGCAUGGCAUAUACGUGUUUGGAAGGCCACCAAAAAGUGGUUUAGAUCUACUUCAAUAAAUUCUAUACUUGCAUACUCAAAAGUCGCUGAGCCUGAGCCACCAACCCCAAAAGCUCAACCGGAGACAACUGGAUCCCCCAAAGCUGUCGGGGGACAUAAAACCUCAGAGUUGUUACAGGAAACGUUCCCAGAACCUGAACCGGCAUCCCUUGAACCUGUGGAGUGUGUAGAAGCUGUUUACCCCUGGCGUUUGAACAAAGUGUCGAAUAAACAAGCUGAAACUGUGGUUAGUUACACUCCAGUUGUCAUACAUGUGAGUCCUUGUAAUCCUACUUUUGAAAAAAGAUCUGGAGGUAUUACCAAAAAUGAAAUCUUAAAUUUUAAUCAGUAAAAGGAAAAAGUACUAUCAUAUUUUUAUAAGGAUAAGGGCUGCACAGUGACGCACUUGAUAACACUGGUGCCUUGCAGCAAGGAUAGUUGUGGGUUCA